AAUUAAUUAGAAGUAUAAUUAGAACUCGACUAUUCUCCCCCGCUCCUUUUGCAUAAUUACAACUUUGCCCCGAGAAUAAUCUAUUUUCCAGCUCACUAUUCGCAAUAUAUCUCGUAAUUUUAUCUUUCUACAAGGGCAUUUUCUUUCCAUUUUCUACACUCCUACAUUUUCAGCACCGCCCCGCUCUCCUCCCUCUCCCGCCACCUCGCCGCUCUCUGUCUCCCGAUUCUCCAGUAUCACACACAUAAAUAUAAACUGAAACGCGUGUAACACACGUCAAUACGUCGGCGUUUUGUUAUUUGUACCAUGCCGGAGAUAGAAAGGCUGAGAACAAGGCAUAACCGACCGGCGGCGAUUCGAGAACCAGCAAAAGCCAGAGUACCACUGAGACUCCUGCUUCGAGUAGCUUCAGUAGCCGGUGGAAUUCAAUUCGGCUGGGCACUACAAUUAUCACUCCUCACACCUUACGUGCAAGAGCUCGGAAUACCGCAUGCUUGGGCAAGCAUAAUAUGGUUAUGUGGACCGCUUUCAGGUUUACUGGUUCAGCCAUUAGUAGGUCAUAUGAGUGACAAGUGCACCAGUCGGUUUGGUCGCCGGCGUCCGUUUAUUGUCGCCGGAGCAGUGUCGAUCAUGAUUGCGGUGCUGAUCAUCGGUUUCUCCGCUGAUAUUGGCUGGUUUUUAGGUGAUCGAGGUGAAAUAAAAGUCCGAGCUAUAGCGGCGUUUAUUGUAGGGUUUUGGCUUCUCGAUGUUGCUAAUAAUAUGACUCAAGGUCCUUGCAGAGCUCUUCUAGCUGAUCUUACCAGUAAGCUUUUCAGUUCAAUUUUACAGAUUAAUAUUUAAAUAUGUAUAUUUAUU